AUGUUCAUUAUAAAUCUUCGUCGCCUAAGAUAUUUGACAAUUUGUACGGGCUUCGGAUCAUGCUCUAUCAGUGGCUAUGAACACUUGACCGCGCCAUGGAACAUCAGGAUGGAUGGGCUGGCGGAGAAACAAAUGCACUUAACAAUACUACAGAGCGCUCGCAAGCCGACCGAGAUCGCGUACGCAUCGAAUUCUAUGCUACGUACGACGUCA